AUUUUACGUCAGAAUGCCAAUGGAUGUUGGCUUAUUUUUUCUCCCACCCAAUAAGGGAAUAGUUGAUAGUUGCCAUGUUUUCUACCUUUAUAUUCAGAAAGACUAAAAUAAACACAGCUUACAUUCUUGGUGAAUAUAAAGUAUUUUAAUGAACAUUUUUCUCGAUGGAAGUUGAAAUUUUCACAAGCAUGUUUGCAAUACCCCGUGUAAGUCAUUUUAAGAAUAAUUCUACACAUGAAUGGUGAUGAGAUUGAAAUGUCUAGCUUGUUUUGACAGUUCACUACUUUGAAUCAGAGUUUGAGUUGAAUUGCCAGUAUUUCUGAAAAUUUGGAAGUCAUUGGAUGGAACAUAAUUUUAUUUAAAUGGCAUCAUUGGCAGUUGGAGUUUUGAGGACCAUCGUCAUUGCAUGUGGGUGAUUUUUAUGGUGUGAAACCAUGGUACUAAAAAUUGAGAGGUUGGAAACUUCUAAACUGCUCAAGAGAUUCUGGUUUCCUACUGUACUGUGGACCUAUCCCUGUGCUUUCUGGGUGAGUGCAGUCUUGCAGUGAUAAUAGCCUUGUAUCCGGAUAUUUAAACUUUAAGGGGCUAACGACCUCUUUAGCAACGAGGCCAAUGUUAAGAUGGUUUGUACGAAUGUGAGCAUUAAAUUUGUUUCCACUGUCACAGGUACUGGAUGCACAGUGAUGCACAAUUUGUAAUUAAAAAGAAUCUAGUGUAUUUGAAGGUGCGUCAGGAAUGUUAGCACCAAACCCCUUGUGAUAAGGGAAAUAGGGUGCGUUGUGAGUAAUGGGUAUACUAAGUUGGCUGAUUGUUGAUGGGCCCUAAAUUCUUUUCGGCUGAUACCUGAAGAUUAAUCUUAUAACCAAAUUCUGCGGGAGGUUACUGGGCCUGCGGAGAGUACACUUACCUGUGUAGACCGGGAGUUGGGUUUGGGAGGUCAGGGAGCUGAGUGGAUGAGGGAAGCUGGGACUGCGCCUGCGCUCUGCUGUGCGUCCGUGCGCAUGCGUCUCGGGUUCCCGCUCUUUCCCGCGUUGCUUCGAUUCUUCAGCUACACGAAGUGGCGCUCAGAACUCUCAUACUUGUUUCUGAGAGUUUGUGAGGAUGCUGCGGCCUGAGAUGUCACCACCCUCGCCUUCCGCCUCUGCAUUGGCGGAGGCUCGGUCACAGGGUCCCCGCUGCAACUUCGGACUCCAGGAGACGCCCCAGAGCCGCCCUUCAGCCCAGCCGUCUGGGUCCACGCCUCCAGGCACGUCGGGAGCCGCGGGCGACCGGAGCAGCAGCAGCAGUCUCCCUCAGCACCCGCCAGGCGCCCGGCCCGCUCAAGGUUCAUACUUUAAAAACAAAAGAUCUCAUGCAGAAAACACAUUUGCAUCAAAUUUUACACUUGGGACAAGCUCAUCCUCUGUGCGAGAUAGUAAUUAUCCUCAAAUACUAAAAACUCCAUUGUCUGCUGGAAAUCCCCAGAAAUCAGGUUAUAAAAGUUGGACACCGCAAAUGGGAUAUUCAGCUACAUCCUCAUCUGCGGUUUCUGCACACUCUCCAUCAGUUAUUGUAGCUGUUGUAGAAGGGAGAGGGUUUGCCAGAGGUGAAAUAGGAAUGGCAAGUAUUGAUUUAAAAAGCCCACAAAUUAUAUUGUCUCAGUUUGCAGACAACACAACAUAUGCAAAGGUGAUCACAAAACUCAAAAUUUUGUCACCUUUGGAAAUAAUAAUGUCAAAUACUGCUUGUGUUGUGGGGAAUUCAACCAAGUUGUUUACUCUGAUCACAGAAAAUUUCAAGAAUGUUAAUUUCAGUACUAUCCAAAGAAAAUACUUCAAUGAAACAAAAGGAUUAGAGUACAUUGAACAGUUAUGUAUAGCAGAAUUCAGUACUGUCCUAAUGGAGGUUCAGUCCAAGUAUUACUGCCUUGCAGCCGUUGCAGCUUUAUUAAAAUAUGUUGAAUUUAUUCAAAAUUCAGUUUAUGCACCAAAAUCACUGAAGAUUUGUUUCCAGGGUAGUGAACAGACAGCCAUGAUAGAUUCAUCAUCAGCCCAAAACCUUGAAUUACUAAUUAAUAAUCAAGACAGUAGGAGUAAUCACACACUCUUUGGUGUUCUAAAUUAUACUAAGACUCCUGGAGGAAGUAGAAGACUUCGUUCUAAUAUAUUAGAACCUCUAGUUGAUGUUGAAACCAUUAACAUGAGAUUAGAUUGUGUUCAAGAACUGCUUCAAGAUGAAGAACUCUUUUUUGGACUUCAGUCAGUUAUAGCAAGAUUUCUUGAUACAGAGCAGCUUCUUUCUGUUUUAGUCCAAAUUCCAAAGCAAGACACGGUUAAUGCAGCUGAAUCAAAGAUAACGAAUUUAAUAUACCUAAAACACACCUUGGAACUUGUGGAUCCCUUAAAGAUUGCUCUGAAGAACUGUAACACACCUUUAUUAAGAGCUUACUGUGGUUCCUUGGAAGAUAAGAGGUUUGGAAUUAUACUUGACAAGAUUAAAACAGUAAUUAAUGAUGAUGCGAGGUACAUGAAAGGAUGCCUGAACAUGAGGACUCAGAAGUGCUAUGCAGUGAGGUCGAACAUAAAUGAAUUUCUUGACAUAGCUAGAAGAACAUAUACGGAGAUUGUAGAUGACAUUGCAGGAAUGAUAUCACAGCUUGCAGAAAAAUACAGUCUUCCUUUGAGGACAAGUUUUAGCUCAGCUCGAGGGUUUUUCAUCCAGAUGACUACAGAUUGUACAGCCCUACCCAAUGAUCAACUUCCUUCAGAGUUUAUUAAGAUAUCUAAAGUGAAAAAUUCUUACAGCUUUACAUCAGCAGAUUUAAUUAAAAUGAAUGAAAGAUGCCAAGAGUCUUUGAGAGAAAUUUAUCACAUGACUUAUAUGAUAGUAUGCAAACUGCUUAGUGAGAUUUAUGAACAUAUUCAUUGCUUAUAUAAACUAUCUGACACUGUGUCAAUGCUGGAUAUGCUGCUGUCAUUUGCUCAUGCCUGCACUCUUUCUGACUAUGUUCGGCCAGAGUUCACUGAUACUUUAGCAAUCAAACAGGGAUGGCAUCCCAUUCUUGAAAAAAUAUCCGUGGAAAAACCUGUUGCUAACAAUACCUAUAUUACAGAAGGGAGUAAUUUUUUAAUCAUAACUGGACCAAAUAUGAGUGGGAAAUCCACAUAUUUGAAACAGAUUGCCCUUUGUCAGAUUAUGGCCCAGAUUGGAUCAUAUGUUCCAGCAGAAUAUUCUUCCUUUAGAAUUACUGAACAGAUUUUUACAAGAAUCAGCACUGAUGAUGAUAUUGAAACAAAUUCAUCAACAUUUAUGAAGGAAAUGAAAGAGAUAGCAUAUAUUCUACAUAAUGCUAAUGACAAAUCACUUAUAUUAAUUGAUGAACUUGGCAGAGGUACUAAUACAGAAGAAGGUAUUGGCAUUUGUUACGCUGUUUGUGAAUAUCUGCUGAGCUUAAAGGCAUUUACACUGUUUGCUACACAUUUCCUGGAAUUAUGCCAUAUAGAUGUUCUGUAUCCCAAUGUAGAAAACAUGUAUUUUGAAGUUCAACAUGUAAAGAACACCUCAAGAAAUAAAGAAGCAAUCUUGUAUACCUACAAGCUUUCUAAGGGACUCACAGAAGAAAAAAAUUAUGGAUUAAAAGCUGCAGAGGUAUCAUCACUCCCACCAUCAAUUGUUUUGGAUGCCAAAGAAAUCACAACUCAAAUUACUAGACAAAUUUUGCAAAACCAAAGGAGUACCCCUGAGAUGGAAAGACAGAGAGCUGUGUACCAUCUAGCUACUAGGCUUGUUCAAGCUGCCCGAAACUCUCAGUUGGAUCCAGACAGUUUACGAACAUAUUUAAGUAACCUCAAAAAGAAGUAUGAAGCAGAUUUUCCCAGGUCUGAACAAGUUUCAGGGGAGACUGAAGAAUAA